CCUGUUUUCUUGGAUGCAGGGUGAUUGAGCUGCAGCAAUUUUUGCAGUGAAACUGAAGUCCAGCUGCUCAAACAGAAUGGCCUCAUCUCAUGGACACUUUAACGAAGUUCUGGCCUGUGGUCGUGCAGUGCAGGGGGCUGGAUGGCAUGCUGGACCCAAGCUCAGCUCAGUGUCUGGGCCCAAUAACAGCAUUGCCAAGGGAACAGCUUUCUAUCCUGGCCACACUGAGGUGCACAGCGUAAUGUCCAUGUUGUUCUACACUCUGAUCACAGUGUUUCUGAUCGGCAUCCAGGCAGAACCCUACUCAGACAGCCAUGUCCCAUCAGGAGACACCGCCCCCCAAGCCCAUUGGACCAAACUCCAGCACUCCCUUGACACCGCCCUCCGAAGAGCCCGCAGCGCCCCUGCGGCACCGAUAGCUGCCCGGGUGGCAGGGCAGACCCGCAACAUCACUGUGGACCCCAGACUGUUUAAGAAACGGCGACUGCACUCGCCCCGCGUGCUCUUCAGCACCCAGCCCCCGCCCCUGGCUGCAGACACUCAGGAUCUGGACUUGGAGUUGGCUGGUGCGGCGUCCGGCAACAGGACUCACAGGAGCAAGCGGUCCCCCACCCACCCGGUCUUCCACAUGGGGGAGUUCUCGGUGUGCGACAGCGUCAGCGUGUGGGUUGGGGAUAAGACUGUAGCCACGGACAUCAAGGGCAAGGAGGUGACAGUGUUGGCAGAGGUAAACAUUAACAACAAUGUGUUCAAACAGUACUUUUUUGAGACCAAGUGCCGGGAUCCCAGUCCCGUGGACAGCGGGUGCCGGGGCAUUGACUCCAAGCACUGGAACUCAUACUGUACCACGACCCACACCUUCGUCAAGGCGUUGACCACGGAUGACAAGCAGGCUGCCUGGCGCUUCAUCCGGAUAGACACAGCCUGCGUGUGCGUGCUCAGCAGGAAGGCAUCCAGAAGAGGCUGAUCCUCCUGCAGCCCCAUUCCCCACCCCCUCCACACUCCUGGGCCCCUCCCUACCUCAACCUGUAAAUUAUUUUAAAUUAUAAGGACUGCAUGGUAAUUUAUAGUUUAUACAGUUUUAAAAAAUCAUUAUUUAUUAAAUUUUUGAAGCAUCCCAUGUGCUGGCACUGGAGUCCUUUUCUCAGGAUUGUUUGCAAGCUUUGGCAACAUGCAGGCUGAAUUGUCCCCUGCAAUGCCUAGUCCUUCCUGAGGCCCAGCUGUAAAUACAGGCCACUCUCUCACCCCAGCCAUAGCACAAAGACUUCAGGGAAGGGAGGUUAAGUGGUUGCAGAUAUUAGCCUAAGUGGAGCAUGAUUAGGAAGGGGUAUCUGAGGACUGUAACUUUGUUCUACAUUCCAGAGCCAAAUCUACCUAAUCCUUGGAUUACCUACCCCACAGCCCAGAUUGGAGCUUUGAUUGCUUCACUUGGGGAAGUUGGUGGCCUCUCAUCAGAAGAAAGAUCACCGUUGCCCCCGACCUCAGAGAGGCCCCAACGGGAUCCGGGGGAGACUCACUGUGUAGAAAGGAGGAGGCCUGCACCAAAGCCCUGGGAAGCUGCUUGUUUUUAGGGGGAGAUCUGCUGUCUGGAAGAGUCGUAACAAAAUAAUCUCACAAGGCCUGUCACGGUAGAUCUGAUUUCAUGUUACGAUUGCCUCAGUGCUGAUGGCUGCUCCUCCGCUUAUCCCUGGUGGCUUUCUGCCGAAAGACUUCAUUACCCCGGGAAAACAUUAGGGCCUCCGACACUCUUGCCACCCACGAGCAGCCCCACCAGCAACUUCCACUGGCCCCACCAUCAGCUCACAACCAGAGAAGCCAGGGACUGUGCUUUUGAAAGCAUUUUUAUUCUUAAUGGGAUGAUUUCCAUAGGUGGCCGAAGGUGGCUGGGGCCAUGAGAGUGGUGACGAGGAUGGAAGGAGGACGGAACUAAAUGGAGUGCGCACCAGCAGCAAGUCCAGGAAGCUGCAGGCCAGACAGGAGCUAAGCCAGGAGGCAACAAUGGCUCUGUGCUCCUCCUAAUAGCCAAAGGAAACAGGGGAGGCAGCAAGAAGGGCCAGACAGGUUAUGAGCAAGGGGGAGGAAGAACAGAGCAGCAGAGGGGAGGCAUCCUCUCAUCUUUACCCAACCCUCCAGGAAGUCCAACACCCUUUGGAUUAGUAGCU